AUGUGUCUGGGUGUCAUUCAGAAGGUGGGUAGUUUGAGCCCACCUAGAGAUGGCUGUGGGCAGAUUUCCUGCAUUGCAGGGGGUUGGACUAGAUGACUGCUAGAGUCCCUUCCGACUCUGAUUCUUUCAUCACGUUUGGGGAAAUUGCUUUUAAAAAAAUGUGUCCAUUAGGGAAAACUGCAUACCGGUGUAUAUCUAUUAGGAGAAAUUGGCACUGGGAAGCUGAUGGAUUUUCAUGAGUUGUUAUUGUUUUUAAUAAAAAUAUUCGAACUGAUAAUGGAAAUAUGGUGAGCUGAACUUAAGGUUAGAAAAAUGAGAAAAUUAACAUUUGCUCAUUCUUAAUGCUAACAGUUAAGUUUGGCAAAUGACAUGAGGAAUGGGUAUUUUCUUUCAGUCAGCACAGCUUUCUAGCUCUCAUGUGAAGGAAAGCCAGAGUGAGGCUUAACAGGCCCUGCAGCCAAGCUUCUUUUCUCUCUCUCUCUCUGUUAAUAAUAGAAGCCAGGGAUAUCCAGUGAAAUGAAAGGGUAGAAGAUUCCAGAUAGGCAGCAAAAGGGGAACUGAUGGAACUCACUGCCACAUGAUAUAUCACGAAGAAGUGGGACAAUCUAAUCUGAGGCUAACUGUAUUAAAGCCGUUUAUAGAUGACUCUAAGAAUUUUACUGUUUAAGGAACUACGAAUCUCUUUUCAUGCCUGCAGCAGAAAUAUAUUAACACAAUACUGGAAAACAGCUACUAACAACUCUAGAGACAUGAUAGGAAGGACUGUGGAACAUACCACUUAUGGAGAAACUAAGGAGUCAUCUUAGAGCACUAAGAAACACAAAAACCAAAUAAUUAUUUUGAAACUGUAUGGUACACGUUCAUUCAGUGCACUGGAAAGGACAGUCCACCCACAGCCCACUCUGCGGAAAUCUGUUAAAACAGAGAAUAGAAGACAGCUAGCGGAUAGAAUCAACUCUAUAAACUAUUAUACAACCCAGCUUAAUGUUUUACUGUUAUCGUUUGCAUCUUAUAUGCAGAGCCGGCCCAACCAUGAGGUAGGUGAGGCUGCUGCUUCAGGCAGAAGAAACACAAAUGCACACACCUGUAGGUGCCCUGCAUGUCCUGCCGCCAGUGGCAGCAGCAGCAGGAACAAAGCAGCACUUCCUGUUUCAUCUCAAGCAGCGAAAGGGGGCAUGCUGCCCCUGUGUAUAUGUAUGGAACGUUUGGGGCAGGGGGUGAUAUACGGAGAUUGAUUGUUGUAAGUAUUUUCAGAAAGGGGAGGGGCGUUAGGCAAAUGGGUGCUGGAUGAGGCUGUCCAUAGCAGCUAGUCAUGAUGGCUAUACAGUGGUACCUCGGGUUACAGAUGCUUCAGGUUACAGACGCUUCAGGUUACAGACUCCGCUAACCCAGAAAUAGUACCUCGGGUUAAGAACUUUGCUUCAGGAUAAGAACAGAAAUCGUGCUCCGGCAGCGGGAGGCCCCAUUAGCUAAAUUGGUGUCUCAGGUUAAGAACAGUUUCAGGUUAAGAACGGACCUCCGGAACGAAUUAAGUACGUAACCAGAGGUACCACUGUAUACAAUGGCCAGCAUCGCAAGCAGCAAGCAUCUGAAUGCCACUUGCAACAGCUGGAGAGUCUGCUGGUAGGCUCCCUAUGGCACAUCUGGAUUGCUGCAGAAAGCAGGGUAUUGGAGCUGUGGUGGCGAAACUGGUUUGAAACUGGUUUGAACAUAUAGCAUGGACAGGCCUUAAGACCUCUUUGUAUUUCUAGAGUCUCUGCCUGGGGCUGUGAUUCACCCUCUGGCUAUCUUUUCUCCCCAGCGACUUCUAACAUAGACCUGGACGUCAAGAAACCCACUCCUCCCAAGCUGCUAUGGCACCAGCCUGUGAAUAUCUUCUUGGCUCGUCCUGUUGGAGUGGAGGAGCUUCACCAUGAAGCUGAACUCAAUCUCCAGAGCUUGCUCCAAGGUACGUGGGGGUGAGGGUCUCUGGAAGGGAGUAGGAAAGGUCCGCUUGUCUCUCCGACUUGCAGGUCUCAGCCCCAGGUAGUCGGUGUGUCUGGGCUUGGGAAGGAGCCGGCGGAUAAUCCUGCAGAAGGGGUCUGCCAAGGACUCACAAUGGGUGCAGAGAAUGGGAAUGUGCAGCAAUAUCAACCCUUGUGAUUGGCGAUGAGAGUGAAGCUUCUGGACUGGCUAUAAGCAGCAUCGCCGAGAGAGGAGCAGGUGGUACUUCUUUGCUGGGCAAAAGGAGGCCUGUUUCUGAGCUUUCGUUUAGGAAAAGAAAUCUUUAUUCAUUGCUUGCUACAAAAAAAUAAAUUCAAAAAAUGUCACAACUUGUGGAAAACCUACGAAGAUUUAAAACAACAUGAAAAGAGCACAACAUUAUUUACUGAGAAAUGCUAAUCCUGAAAUAUUAUAAAAGGGUGAAUCCUGCUAAAAGAGGAACACCAAAAACAGGCUAAGGUAUUGUACCCUAAUGAUCCCAGUUAUGAACCAAACACCUAGGUAAAACAGGAACAUUUUCUGGCACCUAAAUAUUCACCUGGCACAGUACCUCUGGAUUCCAGUUGAUGGGAAUCACAAGUGGGAAGAGCGCUCUUGCGCCCAGGUCCUUCUUGCCAUAGGCAUCUCCCACUGGUUGGGCACUGUGAGAAGAGGAUGUCGGGCUAAAUGGGGCACUAGCCUAAGAAAGCAGACUCUUCCGAUAAUAAUGGUGCCCAGUGGCCUUUCUGAAAAAAGCACUCCACAGUUGGGGAGUCAACACUGAAAAGGCCCGUUCUUGUGUUGCUGGCCUCUGCAUCUCCCUUAGAGGGAGUGCAUGAAGCCUUGGACUUACAAAUGCAAGGGCCACGUACAUCUCUAGCACUUGCAGAAUGCGUGCUUCGAAGCAAAAAUGUGCAGGCUGUUUGAGUCCCCACCAUUCAGCUUCUCUGUUUCUUUAUUUCUUCAGCAAAGUUAUAAAUAUCUUCACAGCCCCAAGGCCAUUGGAAGUGGCAUGCAAGGUAAAAACAGGGCAACGCACAAAUUCUAAAGAUAAUUAGAACUAUUUCUACAAACUCUGAAAACUAUAAAGCCAUUCCUAUAGAGGUACAAUUAUUUAUUUUAAGCUGGCAGGUGCAGCUGUGAAUGAAGAAUGUUAUGGUGAAAUUUAAAGUUAUACACAUAUCAGGGAAGAACAGCUUCAGAAUGACCUAGGAAGUUGCUUAUCCAGACAGAGCUUCCUGCUUUUAUCUUAAUGCUGUUUUGGGGUCUUCUGUGGUAAAUGUGUUACUCGGGAUAUUUUCCUUUAGGUUCAGGAGAACGAAACUGCCUGUUUCAUUUUGAAGGGUGCUCACUUUUUUUUGUAUUUUCUAGUAGAGAAUUGGUUGUCACACAGAAAACAACUGAGAAAUAGAGAAUUUUAAUAAAGCUGUCACUGGGUGGCAAUGUGUCUACCCAAAAGGGAAAAAAGGAGAAGCAAAGACAGAAGUUCACACUCUUUCUAACACAUUUGAUUAUAUGCCAAAAACCAAACAAACUUUCUUUUCUGAGUAGGGGAACAUUUAAAAAUUCCCAUACGAAUAAAACUCAUAUGUAGUAUAAUCAUAUUAUGUUGGGAGGGACAGAUAUUAUGACUGAGAAAGUGCAGGCUACACCAUAAAUCUCUGGGGUUUCUAACAGGCCACCUUUUGGAGAUUAGAACUGAAAAACUGUGCAGAAUUUUGUCAUUCAACUCACCCACCCACCCACAAAUAAUGCUCACAAAAUUGCACAUUCACAUGCUGGGUCCCUCCCCCCUCCCCAAAUCCAGCCGCCUCUGUAAUUAGGAGCAUUAAGAAAAGUGCAAAAUCGUUGGGAGGCAGUUGGUAUGACCAGACUGAGCUGAUUUCUUUCUUUCCCUCCUUCCAGAAGAGUACGAGGAGCCUUACUCAGAAGCCAGGGCCAGUGGCCAGACCUUCCGCUAUGCCAGUUCUCAUUCUGCAGACAGGCCCCUCGACUGCAGCCUCCGGCCCCCAGUACCCAGCAAACGCUUGGAGUUUGUGUUCAUGGUGAGUCUGGCAAGCUUCCCAGCAUUGCAUAUUCCCCAAUACAAUUCCUACCCGGUGCCUCGGUCCAAAGUUCUACCAGCCCAUGCCUUAAGGGGCCGCAUUCCUUUCUGGGACACCUUCUGAGGGCCAAGUACCAGUGGCAAGCGAGGCCACAGACCAAAGCAGGCAGAGCAGUGGAUGUAUACUUCUAACAUUUGUGUGCAGUAGUUUGGUUCCUACACACAUACAUGCACAUUCCUCUCUGUCCGAGGGCCAGGCAAGCAAAAGGCAUUGUCAGAGUUCAAGGGUGGAUUCCAGCCAGGCAAAAGCAUUCCGGAAGGGUGCAAAACAGAGCCAUGAAGGGGGGGGGUUGACUGGGGAGAGAGGUGUGCCUGGGGAGGGUUCCUAGGGCGAAAGAGUCCUGGAGCACUGCAUUUGGCUCCUGGAACUUGCUCACUCCUGACUUAAGAGGUGGCAGAUACGUGGAGGACAACCUCUGAUCAUCAACUGCAGGAAUGCAGCAGAUCACCUGAUAUCCAAGAGCUGCUUGAAAUCCCUUUCCUUCUGAAUCCCUUCUUCUGAAUAGUAGCCCUAGUGGAGUAGGGCGCUUGUGUUUGAAUUCAUUUAUUCCCCUUCCUCUCCACUGCUUUCUGACAGCCUGCAAGCCAGCAAGUGAAGGAGAACGAGACAACCACGCUGGGGGUGAGGGCCCCAGAGCCUUCAAUUAGCUUGCCCACUACGCCAGACAAGCACACCACCUGGACCCGAACUGGCCCUCUGCCCUCCGUUGAAGAGAGGAGGUUGCACCAGCCCUGUUCAACCCAAGCCAACAUUGUUCCCAUCAACGUCUCUGGUAGGGUUGACUCUCUCCCUCUCUCUCUCUCUCUCUCUCUCUCUCUCUCUGUGUGUGUGUGUGUGUGUGUGUGUGUAGUAGAGAAAAGGAGUUAAAGAGUUAUCAUAUGAUGCAGGAUGGUUGUGUCAAACAAGGUUUUAGUUCACCAUGCUGGCCGGUGUGAGGCAUGAUGUGUCAGAUGCCCAGCAAGAUUGAAAAGCACAGGAGAUGAAGGAGGUUUCAUUGGGACUCACAUGAAUUGGCAUUUGUAGUGUGUCCCAUCAGGCUAGGUCUUCUCAGAGACAUUUCCCCCCUUGCUAUGUCCCCCUCCCCUUCUGCAUUCUGCUCAUGUUAUUCAAGUCUCACCAGCAUCUAAUGCAUCCAAGGUUAACCAGUAUGUCUGUCUCUUUGUCACUUUAGUUCUUACGGUACAUGCUGUCCAUGUACCGCCCAUCUCGCUUCCCAGCUUUGGCAGGAAGAGAGCUCAAGGAUAAAGCAAUUCAUUGACUGCACUCAGUCCUAAUGCCAAACCAUAAUUUGGCGUUGAUGUUUGAACAUGCCAGUUUGCAAACCACGGCUUGCAAGGGACUUCUGAAGCAGGAUAAUCUGCCAUGGUUUGAAGCUGGUUUGCAAACAAACUGGGGUUUGUCAUUAAUUUGUGGAUUUAGGCAUAACAGCAAACCACAGUUUGUGAUAACUGUGGCUUGCUAUUAAUGCCAGAAUUCGCAAACCACUGAAAAACCACAUUUAGGCCAUUGUUCAGAGGUUGAUGAACCAUGGGGACAAGAGUGAGCUUAUGGAAACUGAGUGGUGAGCUCUCAACCAUGGGUUGUCUGCUGGAUAUCUGGAACAUACAGUGUGAGGUUCUUAAGCUUCACUUUACAAGCAAUGGUUCGAUGGGGUGCUGAAAGUCCUCUUCAGACAUUACUGUUGGGGUAAAGUGAACACAUAAAGUAAAGACAUCUGCCCUGUUACAUUCCUACCAUUACCGGCUUCUACCUUCCCCAUGUUCCCAGUAGCAUCAACUCAAAAAUCUCAAAAAAGCCAUUUUUACCCCACUUCCAUUCCAGUUGGGAUGGAGGGGUCAUUGUUUCCUAAGUCCAUGCCAGUUUUCCAUGUGUUCAUUCAUAAGUCUAUAUUGUGCUCUUUCUGCAUCAAUGUGUGGAUUUACUUAUUCUUUUUAACCGCAUGAAAUAUUCACAUUAUUUUUUGAGAGUAUAUUCUAAAACAAUAAUUUUCUCCACACAACUUUGGUACAUUUACAUAAGCUGACAAAAAGCCACUUCCAGAAAUAUAGUGGAAUAUAGUACAAGUUUAGUACUCAUUUCCAUUGCUGUUUGCAAAUUACGUAUGUUCCGGCGUACAAGACGUCUUUUUAUCCCUGGAAAAUCACCCCAAAAGUCAGGGGUCGUCUUAUACGCUGGGUAUACACGUUGGGAAGGAGGAGAGGGAACCGGGGAGCAGAGAUGCCCCUUCUGCUGUCGCUCCUCCUCCCUCCCCACAGAAGGGGAUACGGAAAGUCCUUCUGAGCACGCCGCUCACCCGCCCACCAAACGCCUCGCCUCGGGCUGCUGCUGCUGCGACGGCAGCGGCAGUGGAGGGGUGCAUGCUCUGCCCCUGGCGGUGCUCAAACACUAUAACUCUAAAACUGAACAGCAAAAGUUGGGGGUCGUCUUAUACACCCAGUCACCUAAUAUGCCAGAAUGUUUUUCUGGAAGCACAUAACACAGAAACAAACACUAAGCUUGCUCAUGUUCCCCCAUAUGUCCAGAAGUGGCUUUUACGUUGUGUAGAAGCUCAGAUAUAUUGUGGAAAUUAACAGCUUGGGAAAUGUUGGGAUAACAGAAUAAACUUCCUUCUGUGUGAAUGCAGCCCAAAUCGGUUUGGUUCGCUUAUAAACUCAGGCUGAAGGAAGUCAUGCAGGACCCUAAGCCACCAUUUGCCAUCUUAUCAUAAUGUUGAAUUCACCAUCCUUCCCACAUCUCACAUCACCCUCUGUGUUUUCUCACGGUCCACCUGGAUGGCUGAGUGUCUUUGUUUUGGCUACAGGACAGCCGUUCGCUCGGCACGCAAGUACUCGCCACUCCCUCUUCAACACAGAGACAGCCAUGAAUCCCAAGUCCUUGCUUCGCCGGAGACGGACGGUCAUUGGCUUCCCCCACCUCGCCCUGCGGGACCCAGGUGACAAAAGCAACGCUGCCACUCUCUGCCACUAGAGAGGAGGGGGAAUAGCUUGAUGGCUUAGGGUCCCUCCAGACUGGUGUUUUCCGUGGAUAUAUUCUGCAACAUGUCAUUGAAGCUAUGCUAACGUACUAGUGGUGGAAUUAUACUGAACCAUACCAUUCUUCUGUAUUAGUUGUUUUCCAACAUUGCCACAUUAUUACCAGCUGGAGGGGCAGUCUUGCAAAACAGCACAAAAAAAGCAGGACCAAAAAAAAAAAAAAAGCUUUGUGGUCUAAAAUUUACAGGAUUUCAGCAGCAAGUGAGCGGACAUGCACUAGUUGGAAACAAAGCAAGAUGUCCACCCUUAAAACUUUUGCAGCUGCAAACAGUAUUGAAAGCAGCAUGGUGUGUUACUGCCCCAAUAUCAUCAUGAGCACAAAUAAUCAUGAACGCACAAUAAAAAGCAUGUCUGGAGGGACCCUUAGAAGCACUUGUAGAAUCAAGACUUCCCUGACUCUGGCUGUUGUGAAGAACAGAAUGUGAGAGGGGAUGUUUGCCAUGGGCUUCUUUAUAGGAAUUUCCUGUAGGGCUCCUCCAAAAUACUGGGUUAUAGCUACAGGGCGAAAGUAAAAUUUUCAUGUACACUCAAAAUUUGUCAAAUUUCAGAAUUUGACUUUAUGGACUGUUUUCAAGCUUCAUUUUUACAAUUCUGGGAGCGAUCUAUUAUAUUAUUUGCUGUUUUUUUGAAGUAGGUUUGAAGGUGGUUUUCAUUUAAAAACCAGUGUCUGCAACACACACAGAGGCAGAACAAUUCACAGAGCUACAGGAUCAGAGCAUCUUAAUUUGGCUAGAAAAAUAUGAAGUUGCAGCUUAGCCGGAUUUCAGUACCAACAAACAGAAUCCAUAAGUAUUCCAUUUGUGGGGAUGUAGGUACAUUUUUUAAUGGGAAGACUUUGUUUGAGAAACACCCCCCCCCAAGUAUUUUGUUCUAGCCCCUUUUUCCUUAGGAACAGGCUCCCUAAGACUCUUUGAAUUGUGAAUAAAUGUAUCUUGGGAUAUCCUCCUCCACCCCCAAACACUGCCAUGCAUCUAUGAAUACACAUAUUUGGGGGGCAGAGAAUAGCGACAUGUGUAAGAAUAGCCACGUAAGAGCUUGACUAGCAGAAUUUGCUCUUUAGGGCAGAUCUGAAGAUUUGCAACUUUAGAAAUUUAAAAAAGAAAAGGAAAAACCUUUUAUUAUAGUGGUUCUCAAACUAUGAAGUGGGGUGCUAUUGGCUGCGGGGUGAAGCAACACCCAUGGAUGUGUUUUUUCUUUUCUUUGCGUGAUCAGAUAAAAGUAAAUAAUGGCCCCACCUUUACCACACAGUCCAAGGCCAGGUGAGCUCUUCCCUCCCCGAAGCAGGAGGAUGGCCAGCCCUGGAUUUCUUUGUGUUGAUGGGGGCAGCUGCCCCCUGGCAGUGAAAUGCAAAGUUUCUACUUUUUUGGGGGGGGGGCAAAUCUUAUCCAGCAUGAGGGCCACAUUCUGUUCUGAGAAUCUUCCAGGGGCCACAUGCUAAUAGUGGACAUAGCUGGAGAGAAAAGUGGGCAUGGGGAUGCAUGUAAAUUUCACUAGCCCUGGGGAGAAGGGGGCUGGCUAUGCAGGGGUGUGUGGUCUGGGGUUCACAUAGAGAGGUAUUGAGGGCUGCAUUGAGCCCCUGGCCUGAAACUCCCAACCCCUGAUCUAAGACCUUUCAGUGGCCCCCACCAGGAGAUCUUCCAGGCUGUGCUUAAUUCCUGCCUUUUUCUGCACUCCCCUGCAGGUAACAGCAACGGCCCCGUUCUCAACCCUCCAGCGACCAUCGCAGAGUCCGCCUCUUGCAAUUUUGUCCCUGAGGUGGCCAAUGGGAGGAGCUCCACCCACCAGGCCCGCUCCCCUCAGCCAAGGCCACAGCUGAGGAAGACCUUCAGUGACCUUGGGGGAGUUCUACAAGGACGGUAUUGCCAGGGGCCUGCUGGCCACACAGACAACCCUGGGGCAGUGUAUGCCAGCCCAUCGUGCAACGGCCCCAAGGAGGACUUGACAUUCUCCCCUGCCUGGAGCGCAGCAUCUUUUGGCUACGUGAGCCCUUCCGCGAGCCAGAGUGAGCUGGUGAUGGAAAGCGGGGCCCAGUCUCCCCGCAGCCAGAGGGGAACCCCAGACUCUGACCGGCCUGCUUCUUUCUUCAUCAGCAAAGACAACGCAGUUGGGAGCAACGGGUCUGGGGCGUUCUGCGCUUCUCCUGAGUCCCCUGUAGAUGCCAACGGAGGCUUGAGGUGUGGGGCAGCGGAGGUCAAGGCUCGUUUGGUCCCCGCCACCCCGAGUGAAGAGGAGUGCCCCCAAGCGGAGAGGCAGCGGGUGAUGUGCAAGUUCCGUGAGAGGUCUCUCUCCGUCCCCACGGACACAGCCUCCUUGUGUUCCAUGGAUAUCGGGGGCAGCGAGACCUGUGCCCUGAGCUACCCCAGCGCCAGCUCCGAGGGCAGCACAAGCACAGACAACGUCUCGCUAGCGGUGGAGCAGGAGGCUCAGGUGCGGUCACGGCGGCCGCGCACCAAGAGCAUCUCUCUCAAGAAGGCCAAAAAGAAGCCCUGCCCGCCUACCCGCAGCGUCUCAUUGAUCAAGGAGGGGCAGCUAAGCAUCGCAGAAGCUGGUGACGAGCCGCUGCCGCAGGACCAGAGACCAAAAAGUCUGUGCUUGCUGCCUGACGCGCAGGCCCAGAGCCAAGUCCCUGGGGACACAACCAAAGAUCUGGAAAGCGUGCCGUACUCACAGCAGUGGUACAUGCCAGAGUGGAGUCCUGGCGACCCCUAUUGCUCUCUCUCUGGCUCCAGCACGGCCACUGGGACCACCGUGAUCGAGCUCUCCAAGGCACGGGGUAGCUCUGAGUCCCUCCCCUCCCCUUCCGUCUCCCGGGCCACCACACCUUCCCAGCUCUCUGCUGAGGUCAACUUGAAAACCUCCUCCCCGGCAAGACCGACAGGGGUGAUGUCUCCCUCUAGUGGCUACUCCAGCCAGUCGGAAACUCCGACCCCGACCAUCCCAACAUCUGCCGUUCUGGGCCACACCCCGCAUCAGAGUGGGCGCGCGAGACCCCUUGUGCCCGAGAGGAAAUCCUCGCUGCCCCCAGUCUCGCCCAUGGAGAGAAGCCCCAAGUCACGGCUGUCCUUUGACCUGCCAUUCGCGCCGCCGUCGCACCUGGACCUCUCGGGGCUGAAGAUCUCGCUCAAGGCCAAGCCCAAAGUGAGCCGGCACCACUCCGACUCCACCUUUGGAGCCAAGCUGGGGCCGAAGCUCAGCCCCGUGCAGCCCGUCAUGCCCAUGGUGACACAGCUGGACCUGCGCUCCGUCCGCCUGCGGUCCAUCAGCCGCUCCGAAACAGAGGACAACCUAGAGAGCCUUGAGCCCGUCGAGGAGCCUGGCAAGAAGGUCCGGCCCCCGGUGGCAGAGAAGCCGCCCCUUUCCAGGAGGCCCCCGAUGCUCCUACACAAGACCCCUCCAGUCCAGGAAGAGUCCCCCGUGGGCUCCCCAACCUCUCCACUGACACCCCAGGGCUCGGUCGCUGUAGAGAACGUUUACAUAGUGGCCAGGAGGCCUGAGCACCAGUGGGAUGCAGAUGCCUGGAGCCCUAUGGAGCCGCAGCCCCCUGCAGCAGCCGUCUCUCCAGCACAAGGGCCCCCCGGGACGUUCUUCUCUGCCCGGCGGCUUUCCGAGGACAGCUUGGAGGAGGAGCUGAAGCCAAGGCUGCCGCUGGAGAGAACACCUGGCAGAGAGAGCCACAGAACCAAAGUCCCUCCCCCUGUCCCCAAGAAGCCUAGUGUGCUUUACCUGCCGCUGGCGAGCUCCCCGCUCCACCCAGGGGCCUGCGUCGGGGAUCCGAGGUUGGCUGCCAGCCCUGUCAUCAUGCUGGACGAGGACUGUGCUUAUUCUGAGCUGACUCCAUGCAAGGCAUUGACCCCUGUGGCUAACGCAGUGAGCAUCAGUCCGACGACUGCAGGGUUGUCUUGGGGAAAUGUUUCAGGUAAGUGGCUCUGCCUUUCAAGAGUCCUUCCUGGGUUCUCUUCUGCCCUAAGGUGGUUGAAAAGGGAGCAUAGUCCAGCAGCAGAGCACCUGCUUUGAAUGCUGGAGGUCCCAGGUUCAAACCCACUUAAAAGUAUCAAGGAUGUGAUGGGGUAGAUUGAUGCCCUCAAGACACUGGAGAGGUGCUGACAGUUACGGUAGACAACCCUCGGAUGGGUGGCUGCUUUGCACAUUGUGUGUGGAUUGGUGCAAGCAUUCUGUCUCCCAGAGAGUAGCUUGCACCUGCUUUGCAGCUGGGCUGCACUGAGCUAAGCCAGCGUUUGGGUUCGAGUGCCAUCCCAGCCCUGGCUUGUGGUUAAGCUCCCUCCAGAGACUAACCACAGUCUGUAGCUUAGGUUUGUUCUUGGAUACACCUUGCAGUUAGUAUGGAAAGAGCUUAACUGCCCAGGCAAAACGCUUAGCCAAACCUUGGCUUAGCCCAGUGCAGUGCAGCAGUCGUCAAAAAGUCCAGGCAAGGAGUCUGCCCAAUCAUGCGUUCACACCAAGCCAAUAUUUGGCUUCGUGUGAUGUGCAAACAAGGCCAGCAUGAGGCAGCUACACACAUGUUGAAACACAGGGAGAUGCCUUAAACCACAUCUGACUAUGUGACCAUUUAACUCUGUGUUGCCUGCUCAGGUUGGCAGCAGCACCUGGGGAUUUUAGGCAGAGUUUUUUAUUACGUCACCUCCAAACUGAUUCCUCUUUCGCUGGGACCUGGGACCUUUUGCAUGGAAGGCAUGUGUUCUGUCAAUGCUCUGUAGCUCCUUUAUGUGAUGAUUGCAUUCAGGAUCUUGUGUUUUUUGCUCAGCGUACACAGGCUGGGAAAAUGCAAUUAGUCCUUGCUUUUGCAUUAUGUGCUGAAUCCUUGUAGCCCUCCAAGUUUUGUUCGCCUCCUGCUCCCACCUGCCCCAGCCAGCAAGGCCAAUAAUAAAGGAUGGUGGUAGUUAUAGUCUAACAACAUCUGGAGGGCCGCAGUUUCCCCUUCCUUCUUUCAUAGGAAAUUAAGAAAAAACUUUGUCAUGUGAUUGUCACACACGACCAUUUUUAUUUGUGCUGCACCCUAUAACUUCGUCCCAGGAUUGCUUUCACAUGAGAACUUGGUAAUGUAUGAAGAAGCUCAUAGGAAGAAGUUCUUCCCUAUUCAUAUUGAGAUGCAUAUUUGAUUUGAUUUAAUGUUUGUAUUCUGCUUUUCCAAAAUAAUUUUGAACUCAGGGCAGUUCACAAUCACAACAGUAGCAUGAAAAAUUAACAAGAAUUACAAUCACUUUACUAAUAUCGUAUGUACUUUUAAUAGUAUAUGUACUGGUUAUUGCUUCAAAUCAUAUCCUACCUGCCCUCCAAUGAAUUCUUCCCCUCCCAGCUUUAUCCUCAUAGCAACCCUGUAAGGUAGGACCAGUGCAAAGUCACUAAGUGAAUGGGGAUUAGAACCUGACCUUCCGCUGUUCUAGUCCAACUUUCUAACUACUGUUCUGAAUUGGCUCUGAUGUGAUAUGAUAUGGUGUGUAAUGCCCAGUAGUCAAAUAUAAAUGGGAAGAGGCAGACUAGCAAAACAUCUUUAAUACUCUGGCGGAUGCUUGGACAAUCUUGCUUUAUGCUAUGGAUUGAAAUAGUUAGUGGAUGCUACCUAUAAAUUAAAAAAUACACAAACAACAGCAAAACAAAUUAACCUAAUCUUGAGCAACUUUUGAUUGCACGGCAAUCUAAAGUUACCAGCUGGAUAGCAGCCUUUCCCUCACGCCCCAUGUGCACUGUACAUUUAAAGCAGGAUCACACCACUUUCAAUAGCCACAACUUCUCCCAAAGAAUCCUGGGAACUGUAAUCUGUUAAGGGUGCUGAGAGAUGUUAGAGCCCUAUUCCCCUCUCAGAGCUAAGAUUCCCCAGACUUCCCUGGGAAGAGGAAUUGAUGGUAAAACUACCCUGAGAAUCGUCUCUCUUCGAGGGGUGUCCUAACAACUCUCAGCACCCUUAACAAACUACAAUUCCUAUGAUUCUUUGGGGGAAGCCAUGACUGUUUAAAGAGGUUUGAUAGUGCUUUGAAUUUAAAGUGCAGAUGUGACCCCGCUCUCCCUCCCUCCCUCCCUCUCUCUCUCUCUCUCUCUCUCUCUCUCUCUUGAUCUGUUGGUUUCUGUUCCUCUAUAUGUCUAUUCUUCCUAUUCUUCCCAACAUAUUGUCUGUUAGCUUUAUUCAUUCCCCCUAUCUCUUUCUCCCUCUGAUCUCUCUUCAGCUCCUUCUCCAACGAUCAUCAGUCAGCUCAAACCUUCCCACCUUUCCCCUUUGUUUGCCCCUCAUUCUGUACCCUUCUGGUACUUGGCAUUUCUCUUUUUUAAAUAUAUAUAUAUAUAUAUAUAUAUAUAUAUAUAUAUAUAUAUUACCUUUUCAACAAUUUAAACACUGCAAAAAAAAAGGAACCAUACAAUACAAUACAAUACAAAACAAUACAAAAACACUACAUAACACUAACACAUUAAACUAACAAAACAGAACAAAACAAAAACAGUUUAAAACACAUCAAACAAUUUCAAUAUCUUAUCUUUCAUUCACUUAUUUCAAACGACCUCCUCACACCUCCCUUUUUGUAUUCCACUUCUGUUACUUGUUUCAGCAAUUCCUUUCCAUCUUCCUCUGUUUUCUAUCCUAUAAUUAUCUUAACCCAUUCUAACCUUAUUUUUUCCUUUAAUACUCUAUUAAUCUAUUUAUACUUAAUUCCUUAUAACAUUUCUACUAAAGCCAUAUAACUUCAUUCCAACAUUUUCUAACAUUCAUUAAUUUUACAGUAUUUCUGUAAAUAGUCUUUAAACUUUUUCCAGUCUUCUUCCACCGACUCUUCUCCCUGGUCUCGGAUUCUGCCAGUCAUUUCCGCUAGUUCCAUAUAGUCCAUCAACUUCAUCUGCCAUUCUUCCCGGGUGGGUAAAUCUUGUGUCUUCCAAUACUUCGCGAUGAGUAUUCUUGCUGCUGAUGUUGCAUACAUAAAAAAAGUUCUAUCCUUCUUUGGCACCAAUUGGCCGACCAUGCCCAGGAGAAAGGCCUCUGGCUUCUUCAAGAAGGUAUAUUUAAAUACCUUUUUCAUUUCGUUAUAAAUCAUCUCCCAGAAUGUCUUAAUCCUUGGGCAUGUCCACCAAAGGUGAAAGAACGUACCUUCUGUCUCAUUACAUUUCCAACAUUUAUUAUCGGGCAAAUGGUAAAUUUUUGCAAGCUUGACUGGUGUCAUGUACCACCUAUAAAUCAUUUUCAUUAAAUUUUCUCUUAAAGCAUUACAUGCCGUAAAUUUCAUACCUGUGGUCCAUAACUGUUCCCAGUCAGCCAUCAUUAUGUUAUGUCCAACAUCUUGUGCCCAUUUAAUCAUAGCUGAUUUCACCAUUUCAUCCUGAGUGUUCCAUUUCAACAGCAAGUUAUACAUUCUUGACAAAUUCUUAAUUUUUGAAUCUAACAAUUCUGUUUCCAAUUUUGAUUUUUCCACCCGGAAACCAACUUUUUUGUCCAAAUUGUAUGCCUCCAUUAUUUGGUAAUAAUGGAGCCAGUCUCGCACUUUGCUUUUCAAUUUUUCAAAGCUCUGCAAUUUUAUUCUGUCUCCAUCUUGUUCCAGAAUUUCCCAAUAUUUCGGCCAUUUGGCUUCCAUAUUGAGUUUUUUUUUGUGCCUUCGCUUCCAUUGGUGACAACCAUCUUGGGGUUUUCUUUUCUAACAAAUCCUUAUAUCUUAUCCAAACAUUAAACAAUGCUUUUCUAACAAUAUGAUUUUUAAACGCUUUAUGUGCUUUUACCUUAUCGUACCACAAAUACUUGGCAUUUCUCAUGGACAUAGAAGGCCUGCUGCACCUACUUGGAUCAAGCUCGCAGCUCCACCUAACGGCAAACCCCAUCAGCUUAGGGGGUGUUCACAUGCUGCAUUCAUCUAGUGUACAAUCUGCGUAAAAAUAAACAAAUAGCUGAGCUGUACAUUUGUACAGUUAUUUACAUAGAGUUAUUGGCACACCGCAUUCAACGAGUGCAUAAUCUGCGCAUCUGCGUCCACAAACACUUGUACUAUUGUUAACAUGCAAUGCUCAACAAGUGUACACUCUUUCACACAGUUCCACAUGUGUAGAGACCGCUUGUACCUGUGCUCAAUGUGACUUGUCAACAAGCCUCGUGUAUCAUCCAGUGAUGGUUGCAGUCUGUUUUCUUGUGUACGCAACAGCUGAGCUGUGCAAAUAAGAAGUGUGUGCUCUUUCACACAAACCCUGGCACAUGUAGAGAGACCAGUUUCUCCCUGUGUUCAUUGUAACGUGCAAACAAACCUCCUGUGAACACCUGAAGAUCUUCAGGAAGGGAAGGGAAUGCCUUUGAAUGCUGUGUUCACUUGAAAAUGGAUGCAAUAACAAGAAAACUGUGGUUAGGAUCUCUCGCUUGAAAAUAAUAACCAGCAGCUGCUUCAAAGUUCUGCUCUGGGAGAGGGUAUCGUACCCACAUCUUCCCUAGCUCUUUCCCCAGACUAAGCCAAUUUGGGGUUUCCCUCCUUGGGGUUGCUUAUACUUCCUCCUUGUGCGUAGGUGUGGGUGUCAUUUUGUCUACUUAAUAACCAGUAACAAGACCUUGAAUACAAUAAAGGUAUAAUAUUGUACUCAAUGUAUCUAACCUAAACUGCAUCAGUAAAGAUGCAGCAAAGCAUUCUUAAUCAGAAAACAUAAAUAAAACAAAGGAGCGAUAGCUGGGGGUGGGAUGCAAUUUCUUUUUCAGUUCCGACUGAGUUACCAUAUUUUCCCCCCAGCUGGUUCUCUGUUUUGUUAUUUAUGUUUUCUAAUUAACAUUGUUUAGCUUCAUUUCAUUUUAUCUUUCUUAAUGUAGUUUAUGUUAUAUAUAUAUUGAGCACAAUACGGUGCCUUUCUUAGAUUCACAGUCUUGUUGCUGUUUAUGCUUCCACGUCUAGGUACCUGUAGUUUGCUUUGUUUCAGCUAGAUAACCAGUGACAGUCUUCCCCUGAACACUGGGAAUAAAAAGGGUUGCUGUUCUGAAAGUAGAGCCGCCCUAGUCUGAUGUCACAUCCAUACCAUACAUUUAAAGCACUCUCAUACCACUUUAACCUGUUAUGUCUUCCCCCAAGAAUUCUGGGAAAUGUAGUUUCUUAAAAGGGUGCUGCACCCUUCCCAGAAUCCUGAAGAAACUACAGUUCCCAGGAUAAAGUAGUACAAGAGUGCUUCAAAUGUAUGGUGUGGGCAUGUCCACUGGGCAUACUUCUAAGUUCCAGAAAGUUGUGCUCUGGCAAAUGGAGCUUUAACUCUUUCCUCUAUUUUUCUCUCAACUCCCCUGAAAAGCUAUUUUUAGCUGAAAGGGGUAGAGUAAAGGAGUUGGAGUUGGAAAGAAAGGUACAAUUGCUUUCUCUGCCCUUCCCCUCUCCGCUCACCUCACCCCUGCAGCUUCAUGGGGGAUGUGCAACUUCAGGGGGGGAUUUAGGAAUGGGCAAGGUGGAGAAAGUAGAAGGAAAAGUGGAGCCUAAAUAAGAAAAGAUUAAACUUGUAUUUGAAGCUCUCUGGUGAAGAUAUUAAUUGAUAUUAAUCCCGCCACCCCUUUGCUCGCUGCUUUCCCAUUAUAUCUGGGUUCACCCAACUUUUUGGAGCCUGUGGGUCCAUUUGCAAACAGGAAAAAUGUAGUAAGGACAAUGCACAACCAAGUACACACUACAAACUCUUUUCUUGCCUCCAGAAGAAUCCUCCUUCCCAGCCCAGUUUCAGCAUAAGGGACAUGGGAUCCUCUGGGCAUCAGGAAAGGCCUCUGCAGGUGCACAAAGAGGUGGUGGCAAAAAUCAAAUCAAUGUCUUCAUGUGCUAUAUCUGGUUAUUGAAGAUUAAAGGAGCAUUGCCUGUCCUCCCUGUCUCUCUGUCUCUGUCUUUGUCUCUCUCUGUCUCUCAAACACCCCCAUACCCCCACACCUGGCUCCUCUGCCCAGGGAUGGUGAACCUGUGUCCCCCUAGGAGUUGUUGGACUUCAGUUCCCAUCAUCCUUGACCAUUGGUCACGCUGGCUGGGGCUGAUGGGUGUUGACCUCCAACAGCACCUGUAGGGCUCCAGGUUCCCCAUACCUGUUCUCCAGUUGGCUGUUUCUGAAGUGCCUCUCUCCCACCCCCACCCCACCCCACAAGCUUACCGCCAACAUCCCAGAUCUCAUUGGCAGGAGACCUGUUUGGCCAAGACUCUUGCUUUCUUUUCUUCAGGGAGCUCAGUGGGCUCAAGGGCCGAAGAGAAAAGCUUUGUAAGUGACAAAACCGCCGAGUCGAUAACCGAGGAGGACGACGAUGUGUUUGUGACAUCCCGAACCACAGAGGAUUUGUUUACUGUCAUCCACAGGUGGGGGCCCAUCCAGGUGUUGCAUUUUGGGAGUUGGUAGCUCCUCUGAGGGUGUGGGGUGGUUUGCUCACCCCACCACUCUAGCCCCACCGUACGCCAGCCUUAACUUGGGGAGGGGGGAAAGACCCUUCCUGCUCUUUGUGAACUUCAUGCAUACCCCACCCGAAAAUCCUUCCUCACUUCAUCCCCUGUUCAUGUCCUCCAGAAUCUGCACAACUCAAUUCCAGAGACCUCAUAAUAGUUGCCAAUCACCAGUUUGGGUCUAUUCUCAAAGCCAAUCUCCUGUGCCAGUUAGGCAUUCAUUUAACAGCCACUGCAGGCCAGCCACUCUAUUUCAGGUGGGCUCUAGGGGUCUACUCAGCAGAACUAGCCAGAGGUGGGUCCCCCCACUGCAUCAGGGCUGCCCUACCACAUUUUGAAGUAAGUGAAGCUAUAUCUAAAGAGAGAGGGCUCUGUAACAUAAAUAAGCCAAGGGUCCAAAAUGACCUAACUGUACUGCUGCAUCCUACUUAAAGCCAGUCCCUGUACAUCAGGUAGAUGGAACUUGCAGCCUGCCAGACACUGCUGAACUACAGUUCCCAUUGCCCCUGACCAUUGACUGUACUGGCUGGGGCCAAUGGGAGUUAUAGUUCAAUAACAUCUAGAGGGCCACAGGUUCCCCCCACCAGUGCUGCAAAGGGCACAGUGUUUUUGCCCACUGAUGAAAGAAAGCUCACAUUCUGCUUCCAUUCAAGAUAACCAGAGCUAGCUAGAGUUUGGCACCAUAUGUGCUUUCUUACUUCACUCACUUUUCACAGCACCCACAGGAGGUCAUAAUCCGAUCAUUAUCCUCCUUGUGUUUUCCGUGUGGUUCCUCUGAGAGAUAGCUCAGUCAGUAGAGCACGAGACUCUUAAUCUCAGAGUCGUGGGUUCGAGCCCCAUGUUGGGCAAAACAUUCCAGCAUCGCAGGGGGUUGGACCAAAUGACUCUUGUGGUCCCUUCCAACUCUACAAUUCUAUGAUUCCUCAGACCACAGAAAACCUGCCUUUUUAGAAAGUUAAAGCACAGUAGUGCAGUCACUACAGGUGUCGUAGGUUCUUAGCUCUACUCUUCCAUCUUUUCCUGCAGAUGUAGCUUUGAUGGGCAAUGUAAGUGAACCUAUUGAGGUGAACCUGUUGCCACUCAGGACAUCUCCAGUAUUACCAGUAACUCUUUUAAUGAGCCAUAGAGUGCUUUUUCAUCUAUAUUUUUAGCUAAAAUUUUCCAAAAAAAAUCUUAACAUAUUCACACAGUAGUGUUUAAAUGAAGGAGAUUUAUUUUUAAGGAUUUUUAAAAUGCUACAUUCUAUCAACAAGUUUUUGGCCUAACACACUUUCUAACUUUUUUAAAGCAUUUGUUUCCACAAGUGUCGAAAGUAAUUGGGAAACAGUGCUUAUGGUAAAUAAGCAUUUCAGCACUAAUUAAAUAACUGAUUUUAAGUAGAAGAUGAGUAGCAGAAGAGUGAUUUUUAUUUUAUUUUAUUUUUAAAACUUUGCUUGAGUGAAUCGUCACUUCCCCACCUAGGGAGCUGUGUCCUACCCAUUAGUGUAGAUGGAACGUAGCAGCAAGCACAUGUCAAAAAAGCACCUUACCCCCACAUUAAGAAAAGACAGCUGCAAUUCUGCUUGCAGCUUACAACAGGAGAGCAACGGCUGGAUAGUCCUUGGGCUGCCUUCUCAAACCUGGGACCCAGCCAGGAAUUAUGGGAAUUGUAGUCCAAAACAUCUGGCAAGCGCUAGGUUGGGGAAGGCUGCUCUGGAAACACCCAUGGCAAAUUGAACCAUUGCAUACAAAGCUCCCAUUGUUUCCUCUGGAUGGGUCCCAUUACACCAUUUUAGACUGUUACGGCUGCGCCAGCUCUGCCUAACCUCAAGUGACUUUCUGAUCUGUUUGUGUGUGUGUGUGUGUGUGUGUGUGUGUGUUUGCGUGUUUGCAUUUGCAGGUCCAAACGGAAGUUGCUUGGUUGGAAGGAAUCCGGCGAAGCCUUUGGCAACCGGCAAAAUUCAAAGAGCAACGAGUGCGUUCCGACGGGCGUCACAAGAACCUCCAGCAGGAAUGAAGAUUUUAAGGCACUCCUUCAAAAGAAAGGUGGCAAGGGCGCUUCAGGCAUCCGCACGUCUGCGGCUGAACUUCUGAAGACCACCAACCCGCUGGCUCGGCGAGUUAUGACCGAGUUUGCUGUGGACGGGACAAUUCAGGGCCCUAAGACCCAGCCAUGA